AAGCCAUAGAGCUAGAAUGGUCAUCCCAGAUCAUUAAUAAUUUUUUGUCAAUUACGCUGAAAAUUUCGUUAAUUAGCACACAAACAGAUUAAUUAGACCGAAAAAUAUUAUAUUGUUUACAACACUAUAAGUUUCUACUUUUGCAAUGCAAUAAAAAAAUGAAGUAAGACUUGUUUUGAAGUUCUACUUUGAAGUGGAAAAUCAUAAGUAAUUAUUUAGGUAUUAUGAAAAAUAAUGCUGAGUUUUUUACGAAAUAUAAGCUAAGUUCAACAUUCCAAAUUAUAGAUCAUUUAGGAAUUUCAAUUAUCUGAUAGGAAAAAUAUUUGUGUAAUCUAGUCUGGGGAGAUUGGGCAGUAAACAGAACAUAUUACCAGCUCGUCAUCUAUUUCUGAUAAUUUGUGAAUAGAAGCAUGGCCGGUAAUCCAGGUUUAGAGCAACUAAUUCCCGUAGUGAAUAAAUUACAGGAUGCCUUCACACAGUUAGGGGUCCACUUAACACUCGACCUCCCCCAGAUCGCCGUAGUAGGUGGUCAGUCGGCUGGCAAAAGUUCGGUCCUUGAAAAUUUCGUAGGCAGGGACUUCCUGCCCAGAGGUUCGGGCAUAGUGACCCGCCGGCCCUUAAUCCUACAAUUGAUAAACAGCAACACGGAAUAUGCGGAGUUCCUCCAUUGCAAAGGGAAGAAAUUUGUGGAUUUCGACGAGGUACGCAGGGAAAUCGAGGCAGAAACCGACAGAGUGACCGGUAACAAUAAGGGUAUCUCUAACAUUCCUAUUAACUUGAGGGUGUACUCCCCUAAUGUACUGAAUUUAACCCUAAUCGACCUGCCCGGUCUCACCAAAGUACCGAUUGGAGAUCAACCGAUCGAUAUCGAGCAACAGAUACGUUCUAUGAUACUGCAGUUUAUAAAGAGGGAAUCCUGUCUCAUACUCGCAGUGACGCCUGCCAAUACCGAUUUAGCGAAUUCCGACGCCCUUAAAUUGUCUAAAGAAGUCGAUCCUCAAGGGAUUAGGACUAUCGGUGUUAUAACGAAGUUGGAUUUGAUGGACGAAGGGACGGAUGCUAGGGAUAUACUGGAGAAUAAGUUGCUGCCCCUUCGGAGAGGAUAUAUCGGAGUGGUCAAUCGGUCUCAGAAGGAUAUCGAUGGGAGGAAGGAUAUAAACGCAGCCCUUGCUGCCGAAAGGAAGUUCUUCCUCAGUCACCCGUCCUAUAGACAUUUGGCCGACAGGCUCGGUACGCCGUACCUCCAGAGGGCGCUGAACCAGCAACUCACCAAUCACAUAAGGGACACCCUACCCGGACUCAGGGAUAAGUUGCAGAAACAACUACUAACCCUCGAGAAAGAUGUCGAACAGUUUAAGAACUUCAGGCCUGACGAUCCGGCCAUCAAAACCAAGGCCAUGCUUCAGAUGGUGCAACAAUUAACGACAGAUUUUGAGAGGACCAUAGAGGGUUCGGGAUCAGCACAAAUAAACACUAACGAACUCUCUGGCGGUGCUAAGAUAAAUCGUUUGUUCCACGAGAGAUUCCCUUUCGAGAUAGUCAAGAUGGAGUUCGACGAGAAGGAGUUACGCAGGGAGAUAGCCUUCGCUAUCAGAAACAUACACGGGAUCAGGGUAGGCCUGUUCACGCCCGACAUGGCUUUCGAGGCUAUAGUGAAAAAACAGAUAAGUCGCCUGAAGGAACCCAGCUUGAAAUGCGUGGAUCUGGUGGUCACCGAACUGUCAAACGUCGUUAGGAACUGCGCCGAAAAAAUGAUGGCUUAUCCGCGUUUAAAAGAAGAAGUGGAACGUAUAAUAACCACCCAGAUAAGACAGAGGGAGCAGAGGUGCAAGGACCAGAUUUGCCUCCUCAUCGACUGCGAGCUGGCCUACAUGAACACGAACCACGAGGACUUCAUCGGCUUCGCCAACGCUCAGAGCCAAUCGGAGAGCGCCACCAAGACUGGGACGCACGGCGCGUUAGGAAAUCAGGUCAUCCGUAAGGGUUACAUGUGCAUACACAACUUGGGGAUCAUGAAAGGGGGCUCCAGGGACUAUUGGUUCGUGCUCACGGCCGAGAGCAUCUCCUGGUACAAGGACGAGGACGAGAGGGAGAAGAAAUUCAUGCUGCCCCUGGACGGGUUGAAACUCAGGGACGUCGAGCAAGGUAGAAAUAGGCGGAAAAGUACGAUUCUUUCGGAUAUUUUCGACGAUAUGCAAUAUGGUUUCAUGUCGAGACGGCACAUGUUCGCCCUCUUCAACCCGGAGGGCAGGAACGUGUACAAGGAUUUCAAGCAGCUCGAGCUGAGCUGCGAGACGGUAGACGAGGUGGACUCCUGGAAGGCGUCGUUCUUGCGCGCCGGCGUCUACCCGGAGAAACAGGCCGAGCCAGAGAACCAGGACAAUCCGGGCGAGAACAUCACCAGUUCCAUGGACCCCCAACUGGAGAGACAGGUGGAGACCAUCCGGAACCUGGUCGAUAGCUACAUGAAAAUAGUGACCAAGACGACCAAGGACCUGGUGCCGAAGACCAUCAUGUACAUGAUCAUCAACGACUGCAAGGACUUCAUAAACGGGGAACUGUUGGCCCACAUCUACGCCAGCGGGGACCAGUCGCAACUGAUGGAAGAGGCCCCCCACGAGGCUCAGAAACGUGAGGAGAUGAUCAAGAUGUAUCACGCUUGUAAGGAGGCCCUGAGGAUCAUCGGUGAUAUCUCCAUGGCGACGGUUUCUACCCCCGUACCACCGCCGGUUAAGAACGAUUGGUUGGGGAGUGUUGUUAACCCAAGGCUGUCACCACCCAGUCCCGGUGGGGUUAGGAAAGCACCUCCAGCCAUCUCGUCUGUGGCUUCUAGGGCACCCCCACCGCCUCCCUCGACAAACAGACCAGUUCCUAUCAUCCCUAGCCGACCGGGUGCAGGUGCCCCUCCCCCCAUGCCUCCAAACAGGCCAGGACCUGGCGCGCUUCCUCCUCCACUCAUCCCCACGAGGCGCUAAACCUAACCUAACACAUGAUAUUCGAAAAAUUGAAAUGUGACAAUGAGGAAUUAUGAUAUCAAAUGUGCAGAACUUUAUUAUUUUUAUAAGAAUUGUAUUAUAAAAGAUACUAAGAUUAGUAAUUAUUCCCUUUUAUUUAUAUAUGAAGUUUAUAUACUACCAAAAAUAUAUUUCGCUAAGCUAUUGCAUGUUAUUCAGUGAAAAUUAGAACGGAGGAACAUGAACUUAGUUGCAAAAAAAGUAUUAAAUCGAUGUUUAGAAUCUGAACUGCCUCGGGUCGAACCAAAAACUAUGCCCGACGCGUCACGUAGUGAGACAAACCAAAUGUACGAAAUCGAUGUGCUAGGUAGAGAUUAGACUUGCUGAGUAUUAUAAAAAAGUGCACUUAAGUAGUAGGACUUGUAUUAAUUUUUCGUGAAUGUUCGAAAACGUCUCAUUUUUGGAAUGCAUUGUCGUUUUUAGUUCUAAUUUUUCUGAACAGUUCUGAUGUUGAGAUUUGAUUUAUCGAGUAUGUAUAUUUUAUGUAUAUUGAAAUGAUUUUUACAAGAUAAAGUGGUCAUCUGUGAGAAAUUGUGGAGUGCACAUCUGCCUUAUACAAUUGAAAUUUUUGUAUAGUAUUAGGAAGUAAAAGAUGUUGAUAAAUCGUUUAAAAUACGUGGUGCUUUAUUUCAAUUAUACUCAUUCUCUUCCGCGAGAAAUUUUCUGUAACUGAAUUUUUAAACUUUUUCAUAUUCUUAUAAAUGAAUUGUUGAAGGCACUUGUGAUAUGUUUUGUUUAAACACCAAUUCAAAAGUUAUUGAUGAGUUAUUUAAUUACAAAUCCAACAAUUA